AUGGGCCAGACACCCUUCUGGAAAAAUUAUCGAGUCUAUAUACUCACCUCGGUAGCCUAUUUGGGCUCCUUACUCUUCGAGCUCAUACUCAAGUCUCAAUCUCUAGGGUAUGAUACCGGUGUGAUGGGCUCAGUCCUGGCCCUGGACAGCUUCAAGACCGACUUCGGACUCCCUCUGGGCGAUUCCGGGUUCGCCUCGGGCAAAAACUCCCAGGUAUCGUCUAAUGUUGUGAGUCUGCUGACGGCUGGGUGUUUCUUUGGUUCCAUCUUCGCGGCCUUUCUCAACGACCGAAUCGGUCGUCGGUACUCUCUCAUGAUCUUCUGCGUCGUGUUCCUAGUCGGCGCUGCCAUCCAGGUCGCCGCGCACCACGAGCUCGGGAUGAUCUACGGAGGUCGAGUCAUCGCUGGUCUGGGGAUUGGGGGCAUGUCCAGUAUCACCCCUGUUUUCGUCAGUGAAAAUUGCCCACCCCAGCACCGUGGUCGGAUCGCGGGUCUGUUCCAGGAGUUCUUGGUGAUCGGCAGCACCUUUGCCUACUGGCUGGGCUAUGGGGUGUCGCUGCAUGUUUCCCCCAGCACCAUGCAAUGGCGGAUUCCAGUGGGCAUCCAGCUCGUUCCAGGCGGCCUUAUGCUAGGCGGACUAUUCUUCCUCAAGGAAUCAGCCCGUUGGCUGAUGAAGCAGGGGCGCCGCGAAGAGGCCGUCCAUUCGCUCGCCUAUAUCCGCAAUGAAGCCGAAACUAGCGAGGCGAUCCAGCAAGAACUGGCGGAGAUCCACGCUGCGAUCGCGGAAGAAACCGCGGCCACUGAGGGUGUGACCUGGAAGGAGUGCUUACAGAAGAGCAACCGUUAUCGGUUCUUUCUGGCGUUCGUCAUUAUGUUCUGGCAGCAAUUUUCUGGAACCAACAGCAUCGGCUAUUACGCACCCCAGAUAUUCCAAUCUAUUGGCGUGAGCGGUUCCAACGCAUCGCUUUUCGCCACUGGCAUCUACGGCACUGUCAAGGUGGUCGCGACCGCGAUCUUCUUGUUGAUUGGCAUUGACCGCUGGGGGCGAAAGCGCAGUUUGAUGGGUGGCGCUGCGUGGAUGGCCUCGAUGAUGUUCAUCAUCGGUGCAGUGCUGGCCACUAACCCUCCGGAUCCCGAUGCCACGACGGUUUCCAAGGCCUCGACGGCCAUGGUUGCUAUGAUCUAUCUCUAUGUGAUUGGAUACUCGUUCUCCUGGGGUCCGACUCCUUGGGUGUACCUGAGCGAGAUCUUUCCUACCCGUCUACGUUCCUAUGGCGUGGGCCUCGGAGCGGCCACCCAGUGGCUCAUUGGCUGGAAGACCUUCCUGAUGUUCGGCAUCUUCUGCACGGCAAUGGGACUGUUUGUGACCAUCUUCGUCAAGGAGACCAAGGGCCGGACCCUGGAAGAGAUGGAUUUGGUCUUUGGCGCCAUUGACGAAGAGCAGCGCCGCGCAGAUGUGGAAAACACCAUGCACAAGCAUGACUUCACGCACGCGGAGCAUGUGGAAGAGAGAGAUCACCGAGUAACAUGA